UCUAAAGUAUUGCACUUGAGAGAGACCUUUAUCUACUGACCGACUGAGGAGCCAGCAGAGUGAGCUUCUAGCCGGACCACUAGGGACACCUGUAGUGAUAAAGUGGUGAGACUUAAAGGUGGGAAUAUCAUGUGUGUAUCUCGGCUGGUUUUGCUGCUCGGGCUGCUUCUUUGUGUUGGAGCUCAGCUGUCUGACGCCCAGCACUGGUCCCAUGGUUGGUACCCUGGAGGCAAGAGGGAGGUGGACUCUUUUGGCACAUCAGAGAUUUCAGAAGAGAUUAAGCUGUGUGAGGCAGGAGAAUGCAGCUACUUGAGACCCCAGAGGAGGAAUAUUCUGAGAAACAUCAUUUUGGAUGCCUUAGCCAGAGAGCUUCAGAAAAGAAAGUGAUGGCUUUUCGCUCUACACUGCUUUCCUAACAUGUGAAAACCACCAUGUUGAUUCUAUAAUGUUGUGUAAUUGUUAAAUGUGUUAGUACCGGUUAUUUUCCUGCAUUGAAUUGGAUUUUCCCUGUGGUUACAGAUGUUUGAUUUGUAAUGUCCUAA